AUGGCCUAUCCUGCAACCAAAGGGAAUAUACCGCACCAAGGUUGGCUUAUAAGUCAAUGGAUAGAGAAAAGCGAUGCAAACAAAAUCAGAUUUAAUCUCAAAUCUCAAGAUAAAGACGGUUUUGUGUUCAGAGUUGUGGCGUUUGAUGAGUCAUUGAACGCAGUCUAUACAUCCAAAAACAGAUAUGGAGCCGCGGUAUUGGGCGGGUAUAAUUUGUAUUCAUAA